GUCCGGCAGCAGCAAAACAGUUGAACAUAUAAAUCUCAGGAUUAACUUUAGGUGAAUUUGAUUCAGUCAAGUCCGGCAGCAGCAAAACAGUUGAACGUAUAAAUCUCAGGAUUAACUUUAGGGGAAUUUUAUUCAGUCAAGUCCGGUACCAGCAAAAAAGUUGACUUUUCCUAUCCAAAAUGGACUUGUCUCUGCGCCAGUGUUUGCUGUUUUGUCCAGUGUCAUGGAUAUAUUACUCUGUCAUGUGGGCAUGCACAGGACUGUAUUUACUUAUUUGCUUUUGUUUUCAGUGGAUCCGCAGAGUGUUAGGAUGCCCGUCUGGUAGACAACGUCGAAACAGUUUGGCCGAUAUAAGAUCUCGGGAUAAUGUUGACAUAGGAGAAUACGACGUAAUUGACCACGAAGAUACGACUGGCAGCGACUUGGAAGAAACUGUGGAAUUCAACACAAGCCCAAACUCUUCUCCAAGUGUGUCACUGUGUAUGUGUUCCCCGAACAAAAGUCUUCCCAUAUGCAUUCCUAGAAAAAUGAAACCGAAAAAAGACGAUUACGAAGCUUUCAGAACUUCUUCGAUGCGUUCUACUCUGGAAGCUGAAGAUGAUUAUCAUCAUAGAAAGCCAGGGAAGUUAAUGAGGUCUGUUUCUGAAGAUGAUAUUUCGAUGUCAACAAUAUCUUCAUCAUCGGAUCCAUCAAUCAUGUUCAGUAUGUCGCCGGUAAAAUAACAAUGGUGUAUUCACAUCGCACACAUUUUUUAACGUAAUUUUUAUUGUAUAGCAUGUUGCAAUGUUUUAACGUUGUUCUAUGACUUCAAGCUCGAAAUUUUUUUCCUGACUUGAAAAAACUGUUAUUUUAAUAUUAAUCAAUAAUAUGCCUGAUUUUAAUAAAUUCCUUAUCUUUACCAUUUUUAUGUAAGUUAUUUGGAUCUACAUUGCGCAUGUUCAGUACGAUUUGUAUAUAAUCAAAUGCAAGCUAGGCAAAACGUCCAUUGGAGAUAUAUACCAGCAGAUUGUAGCCUUUCGCCUUACGAGAGCUCACUUUAUACCUUUUUUAGGUAGAUUCCUAUAGGAAGACUAUCUAUAGCAAUGGUUCUCAUGACAAAACUUGGAGAAAACUUCCUCAGUUCUUUAGUGAUCAUGGUGCCUAGAACCCAAAGCCACUUUUCAAAAGUUUAUAUAUAGAUAUAAUAUGAAGUAUGUAUGUGUAUAAAGCUUUGCUUCUUGUUAUAUUAUGAACGGGAUAAUUAGAGU